AUGACAGGGAAACAGGCCGACUUUCAGCCACGGGAGAAUCGCAAUUUGCGGACCCGCAAAGAGUCUCUGAAGAUGGAAUUGUUAUCUGACGUGUCCCUGCUGCCUGGAGAGGAAAGGAUUACUGAUAAAGACAUAAUCUACAUCUGUCCGUUCAGUGGAGCCGUGAAAGGCAAAGUGUUGAUCACCAACUUCAGACUUUACUUCAAGAGCUCAGAUGCUGUCCUGUCAUGGAUCCACAGAGAGAACCAAGCAGUGAUCGCCCGCUGCAGUCAGCCUCUCGUUGGCAUGUCUGGUAAAAGGAACAAGGACGAUGAACGCUACCUGGAGCUGAUUAGGGAGGCAAAUGAUACCACCAAGCUCACCAUAUACGACGCCCGUCCCAAUGUCAACGCAGUUGCCAACAAGGCCACCGGAGGAGGCUACGAGGGUGAUGAGUACCAAAAUGCAGAGCUCAUCUUCUUGGACAUCCAGAAUAUCCACGUCAUGAGGGAAUCCCAGAAGAAACUCAAAGAUAUCGUCUACCCCAACGUGGAGGAAUCCCACUGGCUGUCCAGCCUAGAGUCCACACACUGGUUGGAACAUGUCAAGCUGGUGUUGUCAGGAGCCAUCCAAGUUGCAGACAAAGUGUCCAGUGGGAACUCAGUAGUAGUUCACUGUAGUGACGGCUGGGACCGAACUGCACAGCUCACCUCUCUGGCUAUGCUGAUGCUGGACAGCCACUAUCGCACUCUCAGAGGAUUCCAGGAGGUGAGGUCCAAGACGGUGUCUCUGUGGUCUCUGGUCAACAGCAAGGUGGAUAUGUAUUUAAACCCCUUCUACACCCCAGAAUCUGGCAGGGUUCUCUACCCUGUUGCCAGCAUGCGCCACCUAGAGCUCUGGGUAGCGUACUACAUCCGCUGGAACCCACGCAUACGACAGCAGGUAGGACUGCUCUUGUGUUUGCUAUAAUAUGCUGCAAGCUUGCCUGGAUAAACAUGUGGCCGGCUGCACAGGACUCCAAAUACCGUAUAUCUGUUAUCUGGAUUCACUUACCAGAUAACGGAUAUCUGGAUAUCUCAACCUCAGAACUCUGAGAUCACAGCACAGAAACAGCUUUAGUUACAA